AUGAAGAUCGGAGAUGGUAACGAUGAGGAGACAGCCUUCGUGGCUUUGCCAGAGAAGGCCAAAAAUGAUACUCCGUUGAUAGCGUCGGAUCAUCCGUUGCUCGAACGGGUUCAACAGACGCUGUUUCAGCAGCUAUCAUCGCAGCUAAAAAGCGCCCAGCUCGAAUAUGCAGAAAAACGAGACCAGGACAAACGCCUGGCGCACCUUCAUGAGGAACUCGGCCUUCGGCUGUACAACACUCAGCAGGAGCUACUCAAGUUGCAGGGAAAUCUCGAGCAACUAACCAGGGUAGAAGAGGAAAUGAAAGCGAGGAGAAACCAAGCAGAAGCGAAUCUCGAUAAAGGCGUCCAAGACCUGGAAGCCAAGCAAAAGGAGCUUGAUGGCUAUGUGACCAAGCUGAACAAUGCCCAGCAUGAGCUGAAUGAACUGAAGUUCGCUGUCUCUCAAGCUCAGACCUACAACGAACAGCUGGAGGCAGACAUAAAACUCAAACGUCGGGAGAUGUAUAAGGAAAACGCAACGUUGCAAAGGCGUGAGACCGAGAAGAUGCAACAGGAUUUUUUGAUCGACGAGCUCAAGGAGAAACUUCGCGAUCUGAACGACCAAAAAUGUCUCUACGAAAAUCAGGCCGCCGUGCAGACAACAAAAAUUGAAGCUGCGAGAGCUGCGCUCCACGAGGCUCAACGUGAGAUCGAAGCGGUUGCAGCGGACAAACAGCGACUUCUGCAGCAGUGGCGAUCCAGCGUCGUCGGUAUGCAACGCCGAGAAGAAGCUUUGCAAACAGUCAAGCAAAUGGCCAAGAAACAAGAAGAAAAGGAACUGGCCAUCGAAGCCGAGAUGAGGGGUGUUCAGGCGACUGUGAGGGAGGCUCAGGAGCAGAACGAGAACUUGAUAGCGCAGCAUAACACAAACACAAGUCACAUGGAAACGUUACAGUCGCAGAUUGCCAGUGUCGAGAGGGAUGUGGAGAUGGUCGAAAAAGAAAACAAUAUGAUACAGAAAUCUGUUCAGUAUACCCUCCAAGAAGUUUCAAGGGCGGAGGUCGCUCUGUCCCACUUCCGCAACCAAGUGAAGAGAGCUCGGAAACUGAACGAGCAGUGCAAGAGGAAGGAGGAAGAGCUCGAGCAGGUUCAGAAUGACACUGCCCGCAAGAAAGUAGAAGCACUGGAGUUGAAGGCUCGGCAUACAGGACUGCAAGAAGACCUUACACGUGUUCAAAAAGCUCUUGUCGAAAAGGAGAAACUUGUCGACCAGUAUGAGGCUGAGAUCAAGAAGGGUCACAUCGAAAUUGACAAGAAGCAACAGCUGGUCGAGAAACUAAACAAGGAGUACGAUGAGAGAAGAUCUAAGUUCGACGACGAAGGCUCAGGACCGUUGGAGGCAAAAAUAAAGGGCAUGAGAAGCCGGAUCCCGGAGGUCAAACACACCAACGAGGGCCAACAUCAAGAGCGGGGGUGCGCUACUUUCGUGAAGCGGAGGUUGUCGGCUGCAUAUGUAACUGUUCUGUCCACUCUCCCUGCGCAGAUCUCAGCGAAAAAGGACGAACAGCUCAUCUCCCAGCAGAAAAGAAUCAGGCUCACAUCCGAGAUAGCUCUCAACUCCAAGGAAAUUAAAGAAAUGCAAGGCGCUAUAAAAGAUAUGCGCACAGAAAUGAGCUGGGUGAACCAACUCAUCGUCAAACAGGCUGAAAAGCAACAAACAUACGAGAGAGAAACGCAGAGCCUGGCACACGACUUCGGUAUUCGCAUGGCAGAACAUGAGAAACUUGAAGCCCAGCUUGCUGAGACGACUCAGAACAUCAGAGAGGAGAAGGCCAAACUCGAAGAAGAACUGGUUGAGGCCGAAAGGCAGAUCAUGCUCUGGGAGCGGAAAAUAUUUCUUGAGAAGGAGAUGCACGAGGCCCUGGACCCCGCCGUUGGGCAGAGCGAGCUAGUUGCUAUGAAGAAAGAAAUUCAUCGUAUGAAACUCCGGUUGGAUCAACUGAAGAAAUGCCAAGAGCAAAUGCUCAGCGAGAUGCAGCGAGUACGUCUCAUCUCUGUUUCAUCGGAAAGCUCGGGCGAACUUGAUGAGAAGACUCAAGCCUUAGUACAAGAGAUCACUGAUGCAUCCACAAUUGCAGCAGUCAAGAAAGUCCGGAAUGACGCGAAAAGCCUGACAGAUACCCUCAACCAGUUUACAAAGCAGGAACGCCCAGAACUCGCGGCUCUCUUCGACACCUUUCAGGAAUGGGCAGCAGCAAUCAAUGCUGCCGCAAUGCCUCCAUUACCUGCGAGCCGCUUCGUUGGCGAGUAG